UGUUGAUGGGCAGACGUUAGAAAUCGGAAUGUUGCAGAAGGAACUAGCCAAUACAACAAGAGAGGCCAGGCAGUUACAAGAAGAAAGAUCUAAGGAUAAGCAAAAAUUACGCAAAAUAAAAGCUUUACUUAACGCAAAACAACAGAAGAUAAAAGAGUUAGAAAAAGUCAAAGAUGCUCAAAAAGAAAAAAUAGAAACGAAGAAUAAAUUUAAAACUGCAAAGCAGAAGUUUAAUCACAUUAAAAGAGAAGAAAAUCCUUUUUCACACGUAGCAGAUGAUGAUGGUAAAGAUAAGUUAAAAUUUGAAAAAACGGAGGAUAAAAGAGAAACCUUCCUGACGCAACAACGCGAUAACACUAGCAGCUUUCCCGCAGUAAGGAAUGAAAAGGAAGAAUGCCCGUUGGAUUCCUCACCUACUCAAAAAUCAGAAACACUGAAGAACGAGAUUGGAAUAAUUACUAAAAAUGAAAAAGUGCCUAAUAAAGACCUUGGUGAGUUUGUGGAGAAAUUAGAAAAUAAAACGCGAAAUGAAGAACUAGAGAAUAACGAAGAGAUCGAGUUACCCCAAGAAACAAUUUCUUUUUCAAACACUGUUCAGAGUUACAAAACAACUACCGUUGUACGACCAGCUAAAAGUCAGGAAAAAGAGAGAGCUGUAAAACUUUCGCAAAAGGAGAAAGAAUUGAGAGGUACUCGGAAAAGUUUAAAAAGUCAUGACAAACAGCUUAAGGAACCGUUGUCUGCUACGCUAAUGUUAAAGGAAGAAAAACAACACCUUUUCAAUCAUGUUAUUCAAAUGGAGAAUGAAAAAAAAAGUUUGUUUGAAAGCAAGGCAAAUCUUCAAUUGAAGUUCGACGAGUUAAAUGAUAAAUACAAUAAAGAAGUUAAAAAAGCUUCUAAACACGAAGAAGAUUUAAAAAGAUUAAAAGAAGUUGAACAAGAAUUGUGUGAGGUCAAGCAAGAAAAGAAGCUUGUAGAGGGACGCGAAAAAGAGUUAUUACAGGAACUAUCCCAACUAACAAAUAACAUGAAACAGCAAAGAGAAAGAUUCGAGUUAAGAUUGAAAGCAGUUAACAUAAAAGUUGAAGAUUUAGAAAAAGAGCUUGCCUCUCGAAAGGGAAAGUUCAAGAAUACUGAAAAAGAGAUCUAUAGCUUAACAUUGGAAGAUCGAAACAUGCUAAAUGAAGCUGAUCAAGCACUGAAGUUUAACAAAGGAUUUACUUUAAAACAGUUAUCACAAGACUUACAAGAGGAAAGUCAAAAGGUAAAGAAUGUUGAAAAUAAAAAUAAAGGGUGCAUGAAGACCAUUAAAGAGUUAGAGACCAAACUGCUUGCGAAGAACGAAUGUCUUGAUGUUACCAAUAAGAGAAUUGAAGAAUUGAGUGCAGACUUGAAACAAAUCAAGAUGGUUUUUAAGAAAGAACAUAAAGAAGCAAAGAAGGUGGCGUCAAUAGAAGCUGACAAAUCUGAAGACAAUGUUUCCAAUUGCAGCAAACAACUGAUUGAAAUACGAAAGAAUUUGAACGAAGCGAGAAAGCAAAUGCCAAAAGGACAGACUAGUUGCAAGAAAGAUGUUGCAGAAAAUACAGUGACUGACUUAGGUUUAUUAAACAAAGGUAAGUGUUUUUAGCAAUAAACAAUUUUAAAAGGGACAUUUUGUGUUUGUGAGACUACCAGGAUUAUUUAUAUUUUAAAACAAACCAAUUGAUGUUUUAGAUAACACUGAAAUAAAAGAUCUGAAGUCUACUGAAGACGGCUGUUUUACUUUGCUUCCUACGCCAUUACCACACCAGUGUGGAAAGUUAGCAGCUUUAUCUCCAUCGGGAAGUAUUGUCAAUCAAAUUGAGACGAAGGUUGAGGAAAAAAACACAAUUUUAACUUUGACUGGUAAUGAAACAAAGUCUGCAAAUGUUGAAAUAAAAUUCUCGCCAUACCAAAAAACAGAACCUGAACUUGAUGCUACGAAA